AUGGCCUCCACGGAAUUCGUUCAGCUUUCGUAUUGGGGGUUUACAGUCUGGUGGUUCAUCAUCCUCUGCGUUCACGUAGUCGCUUGUGUCUACACUGCGCUGUACAGCUACGCUUACUGGAUACUUCAGAACACCUAUCUCGAGCACUACCUCGAGCUGUUCGAGAUUGGUAUGCCACCGCCAUAUCACCGCACCAUAGUCAUUGUCCAUGCUAUACUGUUUGCAUUGCACGCGGUGUGCAUCCUCCUGAUGCUUGGUGGCUCUGUAUGGCAGCGGUCUUUUGCCUUUUCGCCAUGUUUCACGAAAGUUUAUACCAAGAUUUCUGAUCGCCAUGGAUUUUUCGGGGUCAAUGGAGCUCACUUUCAUGUACUGCUCAUACUUCGAGAAGUUGUUGAGACAGGGUUGCAAACCAUCCAAGCUUACCGCACGAGCUCGUUGUUGCCAAGAACGAUGCUUAACCGGUUUUACGUGGUUUUACUAGUGGCGAAUUGUUGGUCGUCUGUCCUGGUCUACUCUGUGUUUUUCAAGGGCGACGAGGCAAGUAGGCGAUUCGCAUGUAUCGUCUUAGAUUGUGUCCUGGACUUGAUCUCCUGUGUGGGUGUGGAGCUCAUGAUUGUGCUAAGCUAUGCAAGUGACUACAACGUAAGUGUGAUGGGAUUCUGGGACUUCAUGUGGCAAAACGAUGAGUGGGCAGCGCGAGCUUUAAAUGAAUUUCGGAUGGUCUUCGUGGUCUCUUUGUCGGAUUUGGCAAGUCGCGCCAUCUUCUCACUGGGUCUAAUACUUACAACCACAAAUAUGAAGGAAUUGCUGCAAUGCCUUCCACAACAGAGGCUGCGCACCCAAUGUGCACGACUAAUGCUACGUGCAGCUCAUCUAUUCUUUGGAGCAUGGGGGGUUGUAGUACUAGGACUACACAUUCACGCGUCUAUGCAGCCAACACUAAGUCAGUGCUUACUACAAGUUCGACCGUGGGCAACAUCACGUCCAUCCUGUUACUUAGUCGGUCUUGAUUGCCACACUGAAUUCGACAGCUCUACUGUCGUUCAACUUCUCAUUCGCCACUGUCCGACGUUAGAGAUCCCACCUUCCAUUAGCAAGUUCCACAGUCUUCAUGGCGUCAAAGUGUACAACUCGACAAUCGUCGACUGGGAUGACUCAGCUGCAUUCACGAGUGAGAACCACCCAAACGUUUUAUCACUGUACCUUGUCCGUGUCAACAUGACCGACGGUGUGUUGCCUGCGGGAUUGCACUCGCUCGAUUUCCCGCCCAAUCUUCGCGAUAUCGAGUUCUGCGUCACAAACCUGCAGGCGAUUCCACAAGAUCUCGACCUCAAUUGA